AUGCGACCGCAGUACUGUUGCAAUACCAACGAAAAAUCUCGGGCUGCAACCCUCGCGCCUGCUGUUAACGAACCACUUGCCGGCAAUGGAAAGACUUUGCCAGAGUGGUGGAACUUCCUCGCGUUCCAACCAGCGCGACACAUCAACCAUGUUUUGCUCUUGACGUCAAAUUCUUUGUUGGGGCAAGAACAGGCUAUAAAGUGUAAGUAUGCUGUUGUGGCAGCAUCGACUACAGACAAUUCCCGUGUCAGCUUUGGUGAGCAGGCGUGGGGGUGGAAGGCUAGCUGUCAGCGGUUUGUCUAUGCUUGUUCAGAUGGGGAGGUUCAUGCUGCUGGUGGUGGCCUUAGAAACACUUUCAUCGAUCAAAACGGCGGAAACACGUACUGUGUAGAAAGAGCUGAUGCUUUGGGGUUUGGACACCAGAUUAAAUUUGUUGUUGACGUCUUGCAGCCUGAUACCAGUACUUGCCGCUUGUGCAAAAAGCAUCAAAAAGCAGUGGAUGAUGAUGACAGCGACGAGGCAAUGUCAGUUCUCUCCUCAGACGACGAUGGUUUCAUGCCAUGGGCAAAAACAAUACACGUGCGAAGGCGGCUGCUGCAAGAACUGCCCGUAGCCUCGGAUCUCUGGUGGUUGAAACGCACAGCACGGCGACGAACCUUGCUGCGCCUUGCAGAGGAGUGCGCUGCCUACGGCCCCCAGUUGCGUCGACGUUGUGCAGAACUGCGUGCAGCAGCUGCAAAGCGUCGACUUGAACUGCUGCGGACUGGGCAAAUGAAGGAGUAUGCUGCAAUGGUCCAAGAGACAAAGGAUCAGCGUUUGCAGGAAGUCCUGGACGAGACGAAACGAAUCCUUGCUGAGCUGGGUGUCAGCAGCAGCGAGGAAAAGGAUGUGACACAACCAAAAGCCUUAGCGCAUGGCCAGCUGAUGCCUCAUCAAGCAAAUGGACUUCGCUGGUUGGUGAGGCUGACCGACAACCAAAUGAGUGGCAUUCUGGCAGAUGACAUGGGACUUGGAAAGACCGUCCAAACCUUGUCGCUUUUAGCCUUUUUGGCUGAAAGCCGUCAACAACGAGGCCCACACCUCGUGGUAUCGCCUAUGAGCACCUUGCAACACUGGUGUGACGAGAUUCUUCAAUGGCUUCCCACGUUUCGCUUCCUAGUAUAUCGUGGGAAUGCCUCCCAACUUGCAGCUGUUGAGAAGGAGACGGUGAAUACCGGCAACAAGGUGAGCAUUGUCCUGACGAACUAUGAGGCAUAUGCGUCAUAUGGGUGUGGGCAUGUGUGGACAGGCAGCGACAAAGAGUGUGCAAAGUUGAUCCAACUUACAUCAAAGCUGUUCAAAACUGAUUCAACACCACAAAAGUGCAUUGAGAUACUGUAUUUUUUUAUAUAA